GUUUUUUAUAAUUCAUUCUUUUUCGCGCUUGCGUUUCUUUGCAUAUACCUGUUGAGAUCGAAACUAAUUGGUUGACGUUCUUGACCAAGAAUCAUAUUUUUAUUUCCCCUUAAAUACAACAUAAAUUGAUAAUUCCUUUUCCUCUUUUUCUGAGGACCUUGCAUUGGGAUAAACAGAGCUUGUUGAGAAUGCGUAUAUGAAGUAGUUGCGAUCGUAAGUACUUUUUUUUAAUUUUUUUGGUCACUCACACCACGACCUCCACCUUGGUAAUUUCGGAUACACGAAAUAACAGAUUUUUUGUCGUAUAUCUUCAAGAUCAAGAUUUAGAUAUUCUUAGUUGUUCCUAAGGCGUAAGUACCCUCAGCUUAAGUGUCGCGCACAAAAUGAAGCCCACGAAAUUCACGAACAAUGCAACGUCUCCCCGGGACCGGGAGAGGAACAAACUGGCCGACUUGCGUAACAAAUACAACAAGCCGGCUUCUGCACAGGUUGACGGUGAUGACGACGACGAGGACAACACGCCUCAGCACAUGCAGGCAGCUCACAAACAGGCUCACAAUCUCAGAGGCGUCGGGAUGUUACUCGACGCAGAACGCGUUCUGCAAAAGGCUGCACGAGAGCAUAAACACAAGGAAAAAGAAGAGGCGAAGCAAAAGAAGGAGAAGAACCUUUUCAAACUGGAUAAAGCCGCAUUUGGUGAUCGUAUGGUGCAUCCUGCCGUGAAGCAAGAUCUGGAUAACGUUAACGACAAGAAGAAGAAAGAUGUUCUUGACGGCACUGGUAAUUAUAUUGCUAAAACGACUGCAUCAGCAGCAACUCCAAUCACGCCUGUUCCGAAUCCUAAUAUGCCACGUAUGACUGUGGCAGCUGAUAGUCUUUCUUCAGGACAUUAUGGACCAGGCUUAGAUCGCUCUCUAGAAACGGAAGAAGAGCGACAAAAGCGAAUGGAAGAAAUUGACAAACAGCUGAAAAAGUCCAGAGAAGUUCUCUUCUACGCAGCACCGAAGAAUCUGACUGCACCCCAUGGGCCUAACCGAUUUGGUACGGAUGUUUCCAACAUCUUUCACUGGGGUCAAGCUGCUGCAGUUGUUGCUCCUAAUUCAGGUGGAGCCUCAGCCUCAAAGAGUAAAGACAAGGACAAGCAUGUUCCUGUAGCUUAUCGCGUCAAAGACUUCUGCGCCCAACUUGGGGAACAACUUGGAGGUGUGCCACCUCGAUUUGUGUGGUUUGCUGAGGUUGCGGGUGAUCAAGAGGUACUAGAAGGAGAAGAACAAGAUGGAGGAAAUGGCAACAAACACCACAAGAAAAAGAAAAAGCUCUUACGUUUCAUCGACGUGGAGUUUUACAAGCAGAAAGUGAAAUUGCACCGUCGUUCUGAUGCAGCAGAUUCGGAAAAGUCACCAGGGCAGGGUGAUUCGCUGCGCAUGGACCCGAAUUUCGUCGAGGAAGAGCGCCAAAGAAAAACGCGAAUAGGGUUGGACGACGACGAAACCAAAGUUGGUCUUCCCUGGUCUUUGAUCUACACGCAACCACCAGUAGCUCCAGUGCAUGAGCUGUAUCCCAAGGCCUACUUUGGUGUCUUGGAAACGUGGACAGAGGUUUUUACGCGUUUGCGAAGGGAUCACUUUUGCUCUCAUGCUUUCGUGAUCGAUCCUGAGAAUGAUGGUUCUAACCAACGUCAAGAAGUUUACAGCUCCUUUCUCACCCAUGAGGCUGGGCUGGACAAAACUAAGGCGUUUUCGAGCAAGACGGAAAAAGAAGUCCAGGAUGAAGAAUGGUACAUGUUGACGCAAAUCGUCAAUCGCGUUGAGCAACGUGGUAACGCCAGUGUCCGUGAUGGUCAGGGUGCCACUUUGUGCGAAUGGUUCUUUGCUCACCGUUCUCUAGAUACCUUGAAAGAACUGUGCCAAAAACGCAGAGGACCUGAAUGGGAUCGGUUUUUAACGGACUCAUUACCUUUAACCGCUUUCGCCCACGCUCUAUCGUGGAGCGAUCGCUGCCACCUGUUGGACGCUUUGGUUACCAGACGUAUGGAGAGUGCCGCAAGUGUGCCUUUUGACAUCAACGAAGUCUCAGCUUUGGACUACGGAUGGAGUAACUAUUACAACUGCACGCUGUUUGACGAAGGACAAGCACAAGAGCCUGGACUUGCAAGUAAUCCAAGCCCUCCUUCUUUCGACCACGUCGUCGCUGAGCAACACCUUAUGCGUGCAAAACCCCGUUCUUCCAGCAUGGUUGUAGCGGACCCCUUAACCAGUGGCGUCGGCUUAGUCGAUAAGAAUCGCAUUGCGGGGCCACUGUUUAUGCAUUUGUUGCGUGUUGAGCCACGCGCAGUGUGGUCUUUUCUUCUAGGUGGGGAAAUGCGAGAAGAGCAUGCUUUUGUCUACAGGAAGCGCAAGUUGCAUCACGUUGUUGCGGAACAAGAGAAUUGGCAGAAGUUCAUGAAGGCUUUGAUGUUUGACGUACGUGCUGGUAUGUCGAACGCGAAAGCAGGUAGAGCUGGGAGAGCCAAUAACGAAAAAGGACAACAAGCCAUAUUGCCACGAAUAUCUUCAUCCUUGACUACCGUAGAUGUCCAGAAAGGCGAAGCUUUAACGGGUUUUUUACCCAUGUGCUUUGCGGCAAAACGGAACGAUUUACAGGCAUUGCAAUGGAUCGCGGAGAUGCUGGAAAUUGAGGUUAUGGUAGCUGAUGCUGACGACAAAAGUGUGAAGAAAACGGGUGGGCCUAUGAAGGUGGCUUUGCUCACAGGACAGAAGUAUCUAGGAUUCCGUUUGCCAAACCGCAUCGCUGGGCCUCCACUGCACGUAGAAGAUUUGCCAGAGAAAGCGAAAAGCCAACUGCUGUCCGAUGUUGUCAAAGAGAUAGCACUGAGUCCGUUAGUGCUUGAACCUGGUUCAGGGGAAGCGAGAAGGAGUGGCAGCAAAAUGUCUGCAGGAUCAGGAGGAGCUGCUACUAGGAGGUCAGGAAGCAAAGGUAUCGGAGGCACAACAAACAAACUCAAAAACACUCAUAGAACAGUAAAAAUAAAAAAGGCAGAAGGAGAAUUGAUGAAUAUGAAAAUACAGAGUCCCGCCAUGAACUUGAAGACUGCUAUGAACCGAACCUCCAUGGUCAUAGAACAAGGCUCCUCGACGCCACAGAUAGUUCCUGUAGUCCUCAACCUGGAGAAAGCACUCGGCUUCGCCCCAGUAGUACAGGGAACCACCUACUAUUCGCUUAUCGAGGAUUCCACAGUACAAGCUACAGACUCCUGGAAUUAUAUUGACGGAAGUGCUGGCGGGUACAACUUCUACGAUCAGAAUAGCGGAGCAUCGAGUAAACAGUCUGUUCAUCCGUAUGCACAAGCAGGAGAAAGCCUUAGCUAUGGCAGUGCUGGAGCUCUCGGCUUGGCGCCAGCGACAUCAGCAACAUACUACAUGAUGCAUACAGCUUCCAGUAUCGACGGGUCCCUGAUGGGCGAAUCAAGAGCGUCCAGUAAACAGCCUGGAGGAAACCAGCUGUCUUUUGUAGACAGGGAUGGACAGGUAGAAGUAGCACCGCAGGUAGAAAUAGAAAUUAGUGAGAGUAAGCCGAUACACUUCAUUGGUCUGAGGAAGACGAGUGAAGACAACUUGGAUAAGAAAGCAAGAGCUGGCGUUCCUAUCCAACCUGAAGGAGAGGCUGUGCAGUUCGCAGAUAGCAGUGAGGACGAAGCCCCGAAAAAGAAACUGAUCAUGCACACAAAAUUCAUCGGCAAAAACGCCAAAUUUAGCGAUGAAGACGAUGAGGAUGACGAUGACGAUCAUGCGGUAGCUGCAAAUAAAAGUCAGACUGUUCGUCCUUCUAAGAAGAGUGCUGUAGGAGGCAAGAAUCUGCAAGUGAGGACGGCCCAACUACAGGCGCCUCGCGGGAGCGCAGGAGAGGCCAUUCAGUUCGCUCCUGCCUCUGACGAGGACGAAGUCCCACAUAAAAAGCUCAUCAUGCACACAAAGUUCAUCGGAAAAGACGCCAAGUUUGACGAUGACGACGAUGACGAUGAGAAUCUGCUUGCUGCAAUUAAAGAUGAGACCGUUCCUUCAUCUGAGAAGAGUGCUGUAGCACCACGGAACAAGCUACAAGUGAACAAGUCUCCACAAGCGCUUCGAGCGAGCGCAGGAGAGGCCAUUCAAUUCGCUCCUGCCUCUGACGAGGACGAAGUCCCACAUAAAAAGCUCAUCAUGCACACAAAGUUCAUCGGAAAAGACGCCAAGUUUGACGAUGACGACGAUGACGAUGAGAAUCUGCUUGCUGCAAUUAAAGAUGAGACCGUUCCUUCAUCUGAGAAGAGUGCUGUAGCACCACGGAACAAGCUACAAGUGAACAAGUCUCCACAAGCGCUUCGAGCGAGCGCAGGAGAGGCCAUUCAAUUCGCUCCUGCCUCUGACGAGGACGAAGUCCCACAUAAAAAGCUCAUUAUGCACACAAAGUUCAUCGGAAAAGACGCCAAGUUUGACGAUGAGGAUGACGACGAUGAUGAAAAAGACGAGGCCACAGAAGGAGAUGGUCCUGCUUGUCCAGCGUCACCUGCUAGUACGACUGCUGGAGCAUUGAUACAAGAACCCGUUCGUAUCAGUCUAGAGCUGGCGCUUGGGGACAACCUCCCGACACCAGCGCAAGCCAGGGCUAGUGCAGUGGAGGCAGCAGUUCACUUUAACUCGUUCAAAGAGACAAGGAACAGUGGUUGUACUGACGAAACUGCUCAGAAGACAUCCGCUUCUAGUCCUAAAAAGGACAAGCCAAACAAGCAGGGUAACCUGAAAAACAAGCGUGCAGAGGUAGUAGUAAAACUCCAUGGCGUUCUUGAGGACGGUGAAGACGGUAGUGGUAAUGUCAACAAUGCCUUAGCAGAUGAAGAUGAUACUUUGACCAAGUCAACGCCAGAGUUGAUCCUCGAGUACCUUCCAAAAUUUGAGCUUCGGAUGCCUCCGGACACUCAUCCAGUCUCUAAAACCAAGCCACGACGCAAGAAUCCGCAUGACGAUUAUUCUCCCCUUAUGUUGGCCCUUCAACACGGUGGCGGCGCCAGCUUCGAUUUUCUUCUACAACUAGCUGCGCAAGAAAAGUCAGUGCAGGGUCAGCCAGUGAGGAGAGACGUAUUGAGCCACAAAGCAGCUGAUGGACAUACGGUUUUUUCUCUGGCCUUGAACGACGUCAGCCGUGAAAUCUGUCCAGAACAUGGUAUCCCAGAUCUCGAGGAGUACAACCCCAUAGCUUCCACUGCAGCAACGGUUUAUACGAUCAAACUAGGAGCUGAAAUCGAAGGCGUCGAAAACUUAGUUCAGGAAUACUUGGAAGCGAAGAAACGGGAACUCAAAAGACUGAGUGAAAAGAAAACGCUGAUGGGCAAGUUCCUACCGAAUGCCUACGAGGAUCCUAAGGACUACCAGAAACGACAGAAAGAGCUGGCUCAGAUCAAGAUGGACGAAAAGAUCAUGAACCAAGUGCAAUUUGCGGAUAAAGAUGAGGAAGCACGAGUGCUGGGUCCACUAAUCACGUCUUCUAUCUUCACUAGCUGCAGUACAACGAGCACGUCCAACUACGCUCCUUCUGCGCCCCCAAGAACCGACGCUUUCAGUUUGGUGAAUCAAGUUUUCAAGAGUAAGAAGAACCAGUUUUUCGUUGAAGACUUGUUCCAAGUGACCAGUCCAGUAGGCCAUAGCGCUAUUAAUGUCGAAGCGUGGCAAACGGGUAGGAUCCCGUGUUUGGUGGAGUUGAACACGUUCCACGAGAAAUUGCUGAAGGAAAGCAUUUCUGAAGACGACAAAGCAAAUUUGGUGGCGAACCUGAUGCAGGAGUGCUUCGAUAUUCAACUCCACGUGAGGGAUACGAUCCGACCUCGCGCGUUGUCGCGACUCCUGCAAGUCGCCUACGGUGCCAGCUUCAUUCCCGACGAUGAGUUCCGCACGUACGGUACAUUAGCUGGUGAACAGGAAACCACUGUGGGAAAGAUGGACAGUGGUCUUGAAUCGAUGCUGGGUUCUGGUCUCUCAACACAAUCGUCUUCGACAUCAAACACACAAGCCAAAACUGCUUUCUCUAGAAAGAACCCUCUAUCUUUGUCCUCUGCCGCUGCGAAAGUGAAAGAAGAGAAGAGGUCUAUUGCUGCGUACGAAAGCUCUUUGGCCGGAAACUAUCGAUCCUUGCAAGACGCUGUUGGGAUUUCAAUAGUGAGUCUGCUGACUCAAGCUAGCUCAGGAGGUGUGUCGGCUAAAUGCUUACGCAUUCUGCUGGAUGAGUCUCCGGAACUAAGAGUAGAUCCAACACGAAAUCCUCUGGAUAGGCUACCUUUGGUGAGGAAGAUGAACGAAAAUGGAGAAGGGAGACAGUCGGCUUUCAAAUUUCCACAAGGUCAAGGACGAGGACAGUCGCAGUUGUCACACGAAGAAGAGCUCGAAUUCUAUAUGAAGCGCACUGAGAAACAAACUAAAGCCGAAGCGGAAGCUGUACAAAGGAGGUUGGAUAAGCUGACCAUAAUAAAAACGGCUCACGAGCAUGCGGCUGCGGUGCUUCAAGAUUUGAAAACGCAGCAGAUUCCUAGAAUUUUAGCUCAAUUAGGAGUUGAGGUAGGAGAUGGAGACGCUACAGCUAGCACGACUGCUCUGACAUCAAAUGCGACUGCUAUCUCUUCUUCCACAGCCACGACAGUAUCCACAAACAAGAGGACGAAGUGCCAUCCAGCUAUUCUCGCUGUCAUCAGGAAAAGACUCGAAGCUGAUGUGGACACGCAGAGUUUGGUAUUGCAAUCUUUGGGGAUGUAUGAAGAGGCGAACAAACUACCACCUCCAGAGCCCUUGCCAGCCGCACCGCCACAAGAACAGGUGGACGGCUUCUGUUUUACAUGCUGCAGUGGGAGAAAACAAUGAUUGAAAUACAUAGUAGUAUCGUUGGUAGUUGUUCUUGUUGUAACAUCAAAAAUUUGUUGUUGUAUUUGUAACAUCAAAAAUUUGUUGUAACGUGAAGAUAUUACGUUGGUUAUUUGUUGCGCCUGCGUUGGUUAUUUGACUUGAAGUGUAUUUGUAAUUCAAUCAUGAAUCGCGUUGAAGUUGAUGAACAGGAAUGUCACGCUUAUGAACGCAAACAUAAGUCUACUAAGUGAAAGUGUUAAAAAGAUUGAUCUAAGACGCAUAUUGCUGAACAUUGCAUACUGGAAAUCGAUACACCGAGUG